CCUGGUGUCGGCCAUUUUGUUCGGCUUUUUGCAAACGCAACUCACUGAGUAAAAAAUACCACACUUUAGAGCCAUGUUUUCGGCUAGAGUUUACUCAGUUGGCUUUUCAAGGUAUUUAUCAGGAACAACAACGCAUCUAGCACACGGUUUGAGAGGAUCAGUGGCCGUUAUUCUUCCAGAGGCUGAAAAAUUAGUCCCUCCUCCAGUACAGAAAACAAACCAAAGUCUUGGCUCUAUCAUACCAACUGGAAAUGUUGUCGCUACUAACAAACUCUUAGGUAAAUCACAAGUGAGAUUCAGUCAUACAGAUGUAAAAAUUCCAGACUUUGGUGACUAUCGUCGUGAAACUACAAGAGAUACCAGUCUUGCAAACCAGUCAGAUAUGAGCCGACGAGCAUUCACCUACAUGGUUGUUGCAGGAAUGGGUAUUACUGGAGUUCAUGUCGGCAAAAACAUGUUGGUUGACUUUUUGUCAACUAUGAGUGCUUCAGCUGAUGUGUUGGCUUUGGCGAAGAUUGAAGUUGAUCUGGAUAGUAUUCCUGAAGGUAAAAACAUGGUAUUUAAAUGGCGAGGCAAACCACUUUUCGUCCGACAUCGUACCAACGAAGAAAUAGAUGACGUCCGUUCAGUAGACGUGCAAAGUCUACGUGACCCCCAAGAUGAUAUGGAACGUGUAAAAAGUGAUAAAUGGCUGGUCCUUAUUGGAGUGUGCACCCAUCUGGGCUGCGUCCCCAUCUCUAAUGCUGGUGAAUUUGGUGGAUACUACUGUCCCUGCCAUGGUUCUCAUUAUGAUGCAUCAGGAAGAAUAAGAAAAGGUCCUGCACCUCUUAACCUGGAAGUCCCUGAGCAUUCCUUCGAUGGCAAUUUAUUAAUCGUAGGAUAAAGAUGAUUUAUGGCUUGGGAUGAUAUUCGAAAUCUAAUUGUAUAUUUAAAACUGGCUUGACUGGCUUUUAUUGGAUCAAUAUGAGUGCACAUUUACACAUCUUUAUGCAUUUAUAAGAUUAAGUUUUUAUUGUUAUAUUGAUUUGUUGUAAGUUUUGGUAGGAGAUGUAUGAGGACAGUGAAGGAGAAAUUUUUUUGUGGAAGAUUUUACAAUGGAUCAAUAAACAUCAGACAAUGUAAUUUUAA